AUGAAUGAAGGGACAUAUAACAAUGUUAUUCGGAGCAACAGCCCCUUCUCCCCAAUGACUCCCUCGACUCCCAACUCAAGUUCUUAUAAGACGAACAUGAACCGGACCAAGACGAGGAAAUGGGUUGAGGCAAAAGUUCAGAGUUAUGAUGGCGAUGAUUGGGGAAAUGAAUAUGAGGACGAAUACGAGGAGCCCGAGCAACCACCUGCCUCGAGAGUGGCCGAAUUGCGACAACAAUACUCGGCGAGCACCCUACCCUCAUCCCGGACCUUUCCCCAAACCGCACCCGAUGUUAGUUCCAACGUGUCUCGCUCCUUCGGAUCGAGAAACCCUGGCGGCCCACCGUCGCUACACUUGCAGACGGGCCUCGGUUCGAGAUAUCACCCCGUCGAAGUCACUUCGUCGUCUGCGCAAAGUUCCGCGUCUGGGCUGCCGCAGUACCCUCGCCAGAGCAGCGUGGAUCCCCCCGAUGUUGAGGCUUCAAGGCCUGGCGCUCAGCCGGGCCCUCAUUCCGUUACAAGGUCGUGGACGGACCCGAGAGCAGCGUCCCCAGAUAGGGUGCUGGGCAACCCUUCGAAGCCAGCAGACCGGUUUGGCGAGGAAAUCGAAAAGGAACAGAGACCUGAGGAGACGAGCAGGCCGAAUCUAGAAAGCUACGGCGGUCCCGGCUUCUCUCGCGGCCCGAGGUCUGCGCUGGGCCCCGUCGACGAGCAGAAAGAAGGAUACGGUACGGGAUUGACAGCCUCGGAUACUGAACGCAAGCCCGAAUCAGGCCUACAACCUCCGAAUCCGGACCGCCUCUCUACCAGCCCCAAGUUGCCCGAUCUAGCACGAAUGUCCGGGUUUGGCGACGACUUUUUUUCGAGCUCCGGGAAGUUCAGUUCCUUUUCGCCAGUGUCGGGUAGUCAACAACAAGCCGUUUCGGCAAACACUAACCUUGGCUCGCCGAUCGGACUGGAUGAUAAGCGACGUGACGCUAUAGGACUUUCUGGAAGCAAACCACCUAGUGUUUUGGGUGGCCCCAAGCUCGAACCGAGCCCCGAGAUAGCCAUGCCUCCAUCUGAAAGCGCCUUGGAGCCGAAGAAGGGCCAGUCACUGGUCGAGUCUCAGCAAUCUGCCCCGAUCAGACCCCACCUGCCCGGCGCUUGGGUAUCAGAGUCUGUCUCUAUUGGUUCCGGACAUCCGUCAUCCGUGGAAAGGCCUAGAGGAGUCGCAUCGGCGCCCUCGGGCGGCGAUGUCCAGGACAGUGUGCCUCCAAUCGGCGCUGCCCACGCCGGAUCCGCUGAUAUCGAGCCGACCACAACUCUUAGACAGCUCCCAUCAGCGCCAGGCACAUCGAAGACGGUUGCGGAAGCCAAAGCUUUCUACGAGUCUCGGAGCGAUACCUUUGGUCGGCCUAUUGGAGAGCAUGACAACGUAGUGGCUUCGAAAGUGGUUGCCUCCGGGCUGGGUUACCAUCCGACGCCGCAGUCUCUUCCGCCUUUGAAGACGGAAAACUCGCUCGUCGCGGCGUCCGAUAUAGCGCAAAUCGACAGGGAAGGGGACCGUAGACAAAACGAGCCGGCGCCGCCUUCUUCCGUCUAUAUGGAUUCGUCCUCCCAGCAAUCUCCUUCCACCCAACAAAGCGCGGCGUCCACGGGAUCAGGCUUUACCCCCACAGCACCCUUGAACCCACAUCGACCUUUGAAUGCCCCUACAGACCUGGUAACGCCGACAAUACAGCAGCGAAAGUCUACGAUGAGCACGAUUGAUACCGCGUCCCCGGAGAAGGAGAGCGACAAGCUAAGAGAAGAGAUCAUAAAGUCUCUAAGUUCAAGCCCCGCGGCUACUUCCGGCGACGGCGCUGUUUUAGGCUCUUCGCACGACUCCUCCGAUGCGGCCAAGCGUGGACCGACCCGGGAGAGCACUUACCUAUCCGACGUAUACGACGAUUACUUGAAUUCCGUUGAGGAGAAGACCAUUCAAGAGACCAGCAAUACUCUCAAACAGGGCCACCAGGGAGCCGAGCACCGUUCUGGCGAGGCUUUACCCGCCUCUGGCAUUGACGUUGACCAGGAUUUCUUUCCUGAAAUCGCCCCGCUAAGUCCACUGAGAAACCCGGAGCCGAGGAUUGUCACUCGGCCAAGACAAUUUUCCUGGGAGGCUGGUCCGCCGGAGCCGGUCGACGACAAGCUCGCCGAGACGGAAUUGAAAGGGUCGGCGCUCUCGCUCGGAUUAGAUUCAGCUAACCCAGACAAGAAUGAGUCAACACCGGGAGCAGCAGAAGUCGGCGCAACGGCACCCUCCUUCGGCACCCUACAGGCUCAACCUGAGGCUACUGGCACCGUAUCCCACCAAGUCUCUAAGGCCAGUAGCCAAGCUCCUGGAGAUCCAUCACCCUCGGAGCUGGAUCCUCCUUCGCCCAUUUCGACGACGGCAGAGAGGAAACCUUCGGUCCAAGCUGCUGUCGCUGAUGCAUCUCGCCUUUCCUUCGCCGAGGAGAAGGAGAAGAUAAUCACGCAAUCAUACUCGAGUAGAUCUUCCGAGGAACGACAUCCUGUAUGGGGAAGACAACCUGACUUGACGCUUGCGCCGCCGCCUGCCGUCCAGUCGAGUUCGCAGGCGAAGAUCAUGGCCUUCCGGGACAUUCUCAAUAUCGUGUCUAUCGAGCAGAGGAUUCGGAAGUUCGACGAAACGCGAACCCAGUUUUACUCGAUCGAAUCGGGUUUGUCGAAUUGGGUCGCGUAUAUGCAGAGCCAGAUUGAUCAGGGAACAGCGGCGACGCUUGGUUCCUCGUUAACGCCUGGCCGAACAUCUCCACCCGACGGCCACGUACACCCAAAUGCCAACACCCAAGGUGCCCCUACUGGGCAGCUCGGAAUACCACCAACGGGCAACAACCUGCAACCCGCGAUUGGGUUUGGCUCCGGUAACCACCAAGUUGGGGUGAAGAGCAAGGAGCUUCUACACGCUGCAGGAGCGUUUGGCAACAAGGGUGUGAAGUCUGGUAUGAAGCUAUUCAGCAAGGGGAAGAGCAAGCUCCGCGGAACAGGCGACAAGGUAUUCUUCUAG